AUGUCUUCCGCAAAAUUGAGCUCGAACCCCCCUCCGUGCUGUCAAACUGAGUCAGCUAAAACACCAGACGCAUCAGAAACUAAAUCUAAUCAAUCGAUCGAAACAGGCCUCGGCCGUGCGCGCACGCAACACAGGGGGUCUCUUCUGGUUUCUCCUUUGCAAAAAGCGCAAAGAUCGUUACAGCAGUACCCAGUAUCGUGUAUCUCACCCCUAGGGGGAGAAAAGAAACGCCCAGCUACUGUUGGCAAUGACUCGCAUCUGGAAGAAGAAGUCGAUAUUUCCGGAGCAAUGAAUGGUACAGUAAUAUUCUUGUCUUCGCAACAGCAGCAAGCUCAGCAGCAUCUAUUUCCGCGAGAAAUGGCAAAUACCUACUUCCUCCCCCAGCCCGCGCUUAAUGUCGCCAAGCUGCUACCUUGUAGCGGCGGUAAGAAUACCGCGCCAGUUCGGUGGGCAAAUCGCGUAGCCCAGCAGGGCCGUACACUCGGCAUAGUGCAAUGCAUGCUGAUUCAAGACCCUUUGAAAACGGGGAGUGUCCGCGUGCCACCUCCCGUGUCAGCUAUCGAAAUCCUCAAGCCGCAGACAGGCCGUUGUAAGCACGAUUUGAAUAGAAGGGAAGGGAGAGCAAGCGAGGGUAUCAUGCCUAGCCUACUUGUAGCAGUUCGUGAAUACGAGGCCACUUUACCUACUCCAAAUCGAGGUCUGCAGAUACUCCCGACAUAG